CUUCAACAAGCCUUCUGAUCAAAGAUGCUUGCCUCGGAUCAUUACUGUCUCACUGCACCAUCCAAGGAGAUUCGUCUCCUGGAUCUCUUACCUGGGACUGUCACCGGAAUGCUGUCUGGUCGGCUGAGGCGUGUGCCUAUCGACAAGACGCCUCCUUUUGUGUCGAUAUCUCAUGUGUGGGGUCAAGAAAAGGCUGAGGCUUUCAUGCAUCUUGAAUCAGGAUGCGGAAACAAAGACGUGCCGGUUUCGAGAAACCUCGAGUCUUUACUUCUUUCUCUCCUCUGCCACGACUCGAACACCUUGCCCCAACUAUGGGACAAUGGCUCCAUGCUGCCGAUGUGGAUAGACAUGGCCUGUAUCAAUCAGGUGGAUGUCAGCGAGAAAGCAUCUCAAAUCCCACUUAUGCGACACAUAUACUCCCAAGCAAAGUGGGUCAUCAUCUGGAUCAACGAGUCGGACAGUCGCCUUCUCUAUGCCUUCCAUUACCUGCGGCGGCUAUUGAAGGACAGACCGCUUGUGAGCGAGGCUCAACCUUGGACAAUGUUUGACCCAAUCGGCUGGGAUGCUCUCAAGCGCCUGCUCUCCUGCGACUGGUUCCACCGGAGAUGGGUUGUCCAGGAAGCAGUCAUUCCCAGACAGGCAGUCUUCCUCUGUGGUUCGGAUACGAUGACGAUGGAUGAUUUAUUACAUGGGGUAGACAUUGCUUGCAGCGCACUGAUUGCCCGGCCCAAGGACAUGAAGGUAUUGAAGACCGCCACUAUUGGGUCAAUCAGGCCGAUUCUCGUUAUGAAAGAUCUAAAACGAGCGUUCCACACCAAGUCAAGCCAUCCGAGACUACUAUGGUUGCUCGAAAAUCUACGCCUCAGCGAAACUACCAUUGCACAUGACCAAGUCUACGGACUACUAGCACUUUGUAACCCCGAAGAGUCCAUGUCUAAUCCCAUCCGGUACGACCUUGAACCAGAGGAAGCCUUUAGAACCUCUAUUGAAACACACGCUCGCCUAUACAAUAACCUCGACUUUCUUGGACUCUGUACCCCAGCUCAAAGGGAUGGCAUCGAAGUCAAAGGGCUUCAUCGGACAUUUCGGGGCCCAUCCUGGGUGCCAAAUUGGUGUUCGGCUCGUCUCCGACGUUGCUUAGGCCUCCACGGAGUGAACCAUAAGGACAUUUUCAACGCUUCAGGCUCGAUGCCUGUGCACUUCGAGUUCAACGGAGGUGAAUUGACUGUUUCAGGAAUACUCAUCGACAGAAUCACGACGCUUGGAAGCUUCUGUAACGAAAGUCGGCACGCCGAGUUAUCAGACCCGAACUCGACGCUUUUUCAGCAGUAUUUCGACUUUUGGACGAAGUCAGCCACCUAUGGGAAUAAUAUGCCGUAUCCCGUCACUGCGGAUCGAGCUGAAGCAAUCGCGAGCACGCUGAGCCUAUUCGGCGUUUUCCUAGACCCGGUGCCUCCACCGGCAAUCGUUCCCACCAUGUUUUAUCAAUGGUGUAAAGAGUCGCGUUUGGGCGAGCGGUUGGCGUCGCUUGGCCUCAGAUCCAAGCUAGUGGAAGGAUGCGAACGAUCGUUCGUCAGAAUGAAACGUCUCUUAUCUUGGCAGCCAUUCACGACUGAGAAGGGAUACAUCGGACUUGCGAGGGAACAAUGCGUGGCUGGCGAUGAGAUAUGGGUGGUUGCCGGUUGCAGCGUUCCACUUGUUCUGUCAUCGAGUAGCCACGAUCAAGGGGGUAAAAUGGAGGUAAAGGGGGAGGUAUUUAUUGACAAGAUCAUGUUUGGCGAGACGUUCGCGGGCUCUACAGAGAGUGUUCUGAGUCCUAGCAUCGUGACUCUCAUAUAACGUGCAGCAGUUUUUCGUCUUACAUACAUUGCGGAACUCCUGCGUACGUAGUUAUAAACUAAGUUGAGAGUGAU